AUGAAAGCCCAGAAGUACUGCUAUUACCUAUUCCUUCUUACCCUUCUCAUCCUUCCAAUCUACGCAAAAGACAUUGGAGGCAAACGUGGUGUUCGUGAUAAACAUGGCUGGAAGCCGAUAAAGAACAUCAAAGACCCGUACGUGAAGGGGAUUGCAGAUUUCGCACUGUUCGAGUCCAACAAGAGGUUAAAUUUUAAUUUGUUGUUCGAAGGAGUGUUGAGGGGCCAGACCCGAUCCUCAAACGGGACCUAUUUCCGGCUUGUCGUGGCGGCUAAGAAUGGUGCACACAUCAGAAACUACCGAACUGUUGUGUUUGAACAGCCUUGGGCAGAUUUAAGGAAACUUGUCUACUUAACUGCAUUUAACAAGCACUGA